AUGCUGCUGUCGUCCCCUCCUAGCACGCCGUCUCGCUCUACUCGGUACCAGUCUAUUUCUUAUGGCUUCUUUCCUUUGAGGUCGUCACCGCUCGCGUCGUCGUCGCCUCCGCCUGAGGGGAGGUCACCCCCAUUGAUGGUCACGCAAGCGCGUCGUCGUUCGCAGUACAAGGCGCAGCUGCCCAGCUCGCCAACAACAAUUCGCACCCGGAAGUCUGAACCUCGGAGAGCCAGUCUGGGUGGAUCUCAGCGUGCUGAGGCGGUGGUACCAACAGAGGAGGCACCGAGGAAGGCGUUUCUGCGGGAGCGAUUCAGACAGCGGUGCAUCGAGCGCGCACAGAAGGAUAGGGAGCGGAAGAUCAGGGGGAAGAGGUAUAUGAGCGACCUGAGUAGUGAUGGAGCAGAUGAGUGCAUGGAUGAAGACGACGAGGACGAAGAGGCCAUCAUGGACGACGAGCUUUUCCGUCGAAUCAUGUCAAGCGCGAACCGCAAACAGCAGCACAGCUACCGCUUAUCGUACUCCUACGACGUCGGCUCGUCGUUCGACCCUGAUCUCGAGGAUCUUGACGAAUGGGAAGCACAACUGAAUGACGUCCAGCCCGACGUUCCUGUACCUGAAGACUAUGAAGAGGACGAGAUCGCGGCGUAUGCCGAGGAAUACCAGUUGCACCUGGAAGAUUUGGAUCUGGAGCAGGUCUUCAGCACCAGCGACUUGGAGGACCAAGGCGUUGACCUCGAGGAUGCACCCAUGUUCACGCGCACACAGGACGAAGGCAAAGGCAAAGAAGUUGUCUCCGCCUUCGAUGACGAUAUCGACAUGGCCAUGUAG